AUGGUUGAAUCCCAAGGGCCGAUGGUCGUCACCAUCUCGGUGGUCUUCGCCGUCAUCACUUUCAUAAUCAUGUCCCUGCGUCUCUGGGCACGUAUCUACAUUGUCCAGAGAGUGGGAUACGAUGACAUUUUGAUAUCGAUUGGAGCUCUGCUGGCUUGGGCGUUCGUCGUAGUCACCAUCCUCUCUGUCCAGCACGGGCUGGGAAGCCAUUAUGUGGAUGUCGAGCCUCGCGGUAUCCAGAACAUGAUUACCUACUCUCAGAUCGUGUGGCUUUCUUCCAUCUUCUACAACGCAUGCCUGGGCUUCAUCAAGACCUCGGUGCUCGCCUUGUACAUGCGCCUCGGAGACCGCACGCUCAGGAGAAUGGCAAUCAUCAUAACCUGCAUCGUUGCUGCUCAGGCCAGCGCUCACGUCAUCGUCUGCAUCUUCCAGUGUUCGCCAGUCUCUGCGGCCUACGACCUCGCGGUCACGAAGAAGAAAUGCAUCGACAUCAACGCCUUCUACCUUGCGAAUGCCGCCGUCAACAUAUCUACGGAUGUGAUGACAUAUACACUACCCAUAAAGACGGUCCUGCACCUGCAGAUCCCCCAGAACCAGAAGAUCGGUCUCGGUGUCAUGCUCAGCUUGGGUCUCUUUGCCUGCAUCUCUUCCAUCAUCCGCAUCACCUACAUUCCGCAGAUGCUCACGUCUGCCGACCAGACCUGGGCUAUCUCAGGCGCCAUGUAUUGGUCCGUCAUUGAGACCAAUGUCGGCAUCGCUGCCGCUUCAAUCCCUUCGUUCAAGGUCAUCGCCAAGAAGUACGCCCCGCGCCUUCUCGGCAGCUACUACGAGUCGCAGCGCUACCCGUCGGGAGCCAAGCACAACUCCAAGUUCUCCCAGGGUGCCUUUCAGAAGAUGAGCCACGGAGCCAGUCAGUCACACUCGGUCAAUCUGCGCAGCCUCAACCGCGACGAAAUCAACCCCAAGGAAACCUUCCGCGACGUCAAGAGCGGCGGCAUCCAGACACGCAUCGAACAAGAAGCCGCGUCAAACAGCAGUGAGGAGGCUCUCACACUGCCUGAUGGCCGCAUUGGUGUCCGCACACAGAUCGUCACCCAGUACGAGCCUGGCUCCGCCACCCGGACGAGCAGCCACGACAGCUUGUACGAUACGGCGACGCCGGUGCAGGGUCAGGGCAAGGUGUAA